ACAUAUUCUGUUAAAACAGCUGUUGAGUUGCUGGUGGGUCAACAACUACUUUAAUUUUGCCUUCACUUUAAUGAAUUAAAACUCCUGAUAAAAGGCUUUAAAUAUUAAAAAGCUUAAAAGCACCCAAAACCCACCAACCACAAUGCCUUCAUACGAAUUAGCACUGGUGCUGCGUCAACUGACUCGCCCUGAGCUCAUAUCCGUAAUAAAGCGGACGGCAGAAUCCAUCCUUGAUAAAGGAGGUGUUAUCAGGAAACUGGAGAACCUGGGUACCCGUGCUCUCCCCUACAAAGUCAGUGAACAUGGAGUGGUUCACCGGGAAGGUACACACUUCACCAUCGCUUUUGAUACGGCGCCCACGAGGAUAGCAGACUUGAAAGAGGAAUUCGGUCGAGAUAUUGACAUCGUCCGUCGCUAUAUCUUUAAGGUUGAGGAACCCGAAGUGAAACCCUGCACGCUACAUGAAGAGAUGUUGCCGCCCGCUUACCGUAAGGAUGUCCAGGAGAUCGUCGCGGCAGCCCAGAAAAAGCAAAAGAAGAAGUACAAUUACAACUCUGGAUUGGACUACUAUCCCUUCCAGAAGUAAACCCCAAUAAAGCUCACUAUGUAUUUUAAAACCAA